AUGAUCCACCUGCCCGUCGAGAUCUGGAGAUAUAUUCUUCGCUAUGCAAUCGACUGUCCAGAAUUCCUCUAUAUCGAUCUCGUGCCAAAGGGAAGACCGACAGAUGAAGCCACGUACUGGGCGUCUGAGCGCACUCGUAAUGCUCUUCGCGGAGUGUGCUCGUCGUGGAACCGCUUUCUAGCGACCUACUGUCAUCGCUAUAUCCGAAUUUCCGACAUUUUCCACGAUACGGUCCCCCCCGCCUCGCUCCCGAAUGCAACGCGCAUCAGGAUAGAUGAGUGUUACUGUUUGCAUUGCAACACCUUUAUCAACGAUCACGUUGGAUUGAUAUCUCGCUUCGAACAUUAUGUCAACUCAGCACAUACCGGAACGGGCGCGACUACUUGGCGAGUGGAGAUAGUAGACGCAGAGAUGAACGACUAUCUCGAUGUAAUUGCCCUAGAACCAAGCCGAAUAUCAAACCUUCGUGCACUCUGGCACUGGAGAGGAGACCUUCCAGACAAUAUCUUCUCCGCGGGUCCACCUCUCUCCAUUAUGGGAACGUGCGCAGACGACUUGGCGAAGAUGAAACGACUGGAUAUCUCGAAAAUCAAGUCUAUCCAUAUACAUGAUAUUAACCAAACCAAUCUGGGAGUGGUCCACUUUCCCAAUCUCACCCACGCCUGUCUUGAAGUGGACCUGACGUCGCAAACAUCCCGAAAUCGUGUAAACCAGGUGUUUGACUGGCUAGAGGUGCAUGGGAAGCGUCUAGAAACCUUUUACUGGAUCGACUAUCUCUCAGAAAUCACCAACUCGGAGCUCCCGGACAUCCUCUUCUCAGCAAAACCACCACUCUCCCUUCUCGCAGCCAACGCAAAAGAUUUGAUCAAAAUUAAACAACUAGAACUUUCGAAUAUUACGACACUCAGCAUCCAAGGUAUCGAGCCAGCUCAUCUGAGCUUGGUUCACUUGCCCAAUCUCACCCAUGUUUGGUUCGAAAUGCUCUGGAGACCACUGAUAGACCAAAACCGUGUACAUUCAAUUCUAGAAUGGCUCAGAUUCUAUGGCAAACGUUUAGAAACAUUCUACUGGCUCGAUUUCGACUCAGGAAUUACCGACUCGGAUGUCGACAAAGUGUGGUCACUCUGUCCAAAUCUACAACGAUUGCAGCUCCCUGUGGAUGCAAGAUGGACUCCACCACCCUCUUCACACCAGAUACGAUUACUUCGCGUCGAGGAGCAUGACGAGCCACCGCCUUCAUAUCCAAUUCUCAAACUCUUUGGGCCAGCUUGCGAACUCGGGGGUCCAGAGGAUACAAGCAUCACCCCUAGUAUGGCAUGA